GCGCAUACUUUCACUCUCACGCUGUUAUCGUUCAGGUGUUCGCCUUGGUCAAGUGCGUUUGCCAGCCAUCUGUUAUCAUAAAUUAUCGAUGCAAAUAAGUUACUGUGAGUAUAUCAGGUUAAACAGGUUGAACUUGUCGAGGUUUCAGCCGCACAAAUGCACUUGCAGCACCAAGAAACUACACGCGGAAGUAAAUCUGUCUGUUUAUAUGCUUCAUGAAGUCUUUUACCUAAAGGAUUAAUGACCUUUAACAAAAGACACAAACAUGAACAGUCAAAAGUUAAUGAGGUUAAUCAUCGGUGGCUUGGUGAUUGUUGCCAUGAUGAAAAUAUUCUUAAGCCUCAGCUCAAGCAAAGGCGCAAGUGGAAAGACACACCAAGUCAUACAAGGUGGUAAGUUCUGGGCUAGCCAGCGUAUUCCACAGCUGAAUUUGGAUAAAAAUCAGGAGGAUCCUGUCAAAAUAGAACAUGCAGACCCAGAGGUUGACCCAGAGGUUGACCCAGAAGUUCACCCAGAGGUUCAGCCAGAGAAAAAAGACACGAUUCAGUCAAAGGAAGAGGAGUUGGAACCAGAAAUUCCUGACAAUACACCGAAAGAUCCACUAAAGAUUGUGCACUUGGAUCUGAAAGGUGCACCACCCAAAGUCAAAUAUCUCAGAGAGAUAUUCCCUCUACUGUCAUCUCUGGGUGCUAAUGGGAUAUUGCUGGAAUAUGAGGAUAUGUUUCCCUAUGAGGGGAAACUCGCAAUUCUCAAAUCAAGCUUUGCAUACAGUCCGGAAGAUAUAGAGGAAAUUAAGUCACUGGCCAAACAGCACAAGCUUGAACUAAUUCCUCUGGUGCAGGUGUUCGGACACAUGGAGUUUGUGUUAAAACACGAGAAGUAUUUCAGAUUGAGAGAAGUGGAAACGUUUCCCAAUAGUAUAAACCCUCUGGCCCCAGGAAGCAUUGACCUUGUUCAAGACAUGUUAACGCAAGUUAUGAACAAGCACCCGGAAGCAGAGUGGUUCCACAUUGGUGCUGACGAGGUGCGUGGGCUGGGCGAGAGCGAAGAUUCCAAGCGCUGGUUGGAAGCCAACAAUGGAGACAUGGCAAAGCUGUUCUUCAAUCAUGUGACCGCAGUGGGGAGAUUUAUGACCAAUCUGAAGAGAGGAAUCAAGCUGAUCUUGUGGGAUGACAUGUUUAGGAAGCUCAGCUCCGACUCUAUUAAAGCAUCGGGAUUGCAAGAUCUCGCAUCGCCCAUGAUCUGGACGUACAGCCCAAACAUGGAUGUGAAAGCGAUCGGUAAUUAUAUCGCUAAGUAUGAGGAGGCUGGAUUUCAUCACGUGUGGUUUGCUAGCGCUUUUAAAGGAGCCUCUGGAAUUGACCAGAUGUGGACUCCAAUUGAUCACCAUUUAAAAAACCACCUACAGUGGCAACAAGUCAUUACGUCAAUGCCGCAGUACAAGUCUGUGAGAUUUCAAGGCAUUGUGCUGGCUGGCUGGCAGAGGUAUGAGCAUCACACUGUGCUGUGUGAGCUUCUCCCUGUGGCCAUCCCUUCACUGGCUGUCUGUCUUCAGACACUGAAAUAUGGUUCAUUUGAUGCCAAGGCACAGAGUGAGGUACAACGCAUCCUUGGCUGUGAAAUUGAGCUAAGCAACAAUGAGUGUAAGGGUGUGUCCUUUCCUGGCUCAGAUGUUUAUGAAAUGGUGAAGAAGAUCAAAAACAACCUUGACAGCUCAGUCAAAAAGAUCAUGGACAGCUACCACGUCAGGGGAUCAUUCAGUUCUUAUAAUCGCAAACAUAACUUUGCAAACCCACGAAAUCUUGGAUUUUUCAAAGAUGAUCUGAAAAAGUUGAUGAAUGAAUGGGAUUCCUUUUUACUAUCUUUCCGGCAAAGUAUGGAGGCUAUCUUCUACCCAGACACAUUAGAGGAGUGGUUGGAAGAGAACGUCAACGAACACAUAGAAAGACUUGGUGAAAUGGUGGUUGACGUAGAACGAAUCAUUGCACUCAAUGGGAAGCCAAAGGCAGAUCCCGUAAAAACUAGGUGAAACAGACAACCAGACCAACAGGAAGGACAUUCCAAAAUGUGACUUUCAAACCUGUUGUGCUCAGUAAUGGGUGUUUUUUUCCAUCUCAGGAAUCUUGCUUAUUUCUUGAAGGCCUCAAUGGAAGUGAUAACACUAAAAAAAAUGCAGUACUCUAAAAAAAAAACCAAAAAAAAACCUCUAAUUACACUAUGUAUGCACUUCUUGAAGAAGUGGACUCUCUACACUGUGCAUUGAUGCUGUUUUCGUACUUGAGUUAAUGUAAAUGAUUUACCUCUGCAGUUAAAUUGGUACUACUAAUUUUUUUUAUUAUCAUAAAUGUCUAGGGAUCAAACUUCAUCUCUUUAACAUGCAAGGUGUAUUUUGUACAUUUGUGUCAUUUGGGAAGCCCGAAUAUUGUGCAAUUAUGCUCAAAGGCAAAAUGUGCAAUCCUUAAGAAAUGUUAUAAUUGAGUGCCUCAAUAAAGAUACUAGGUGUCUUUUAACACUGUUACAACAGCGUUCUUAUAGUUCUACAAAUGUUCAGUUUAGGUGUAGAAAAGCAUUAAAAGUGAAAACCUGCUGGUCCUGGAGCUUAUAUUACAUUUACAGCCACUCAACAUGAUUUGCUUGAAAUAGUUUCAUUUCUGUGUCUCGAGGGGUUUACAAUGUAGAAUAAAAAAAAACGGUGGAAGUUA